AUGGCUGAAGGUGGACCGCUUCCUCCCCAACCCGCCGCAAAGGUAUCGGAGGUAAUCAAGAAUUACCGGGCUUCGAAGUGUUUUCGUGGAACUGUCAAGCAAGAUGGACUUCCAAGUAAUAUUACAUCCUUAGAUUUCGACGACCAGGGUGACUACCUGGUAGCCGCUGGGGACGAUGAGGCACUACAAGUGUUCGAUAUAAAGGAAGGGAAAUUAACUAAGACAGUUCCAAGUAAAAAAUAUGGAGUGCAUCUGGCAAAAUUCACACAUCAUUCCCGUCAGAUUCUUCACGCUAGCACAAUGGUGGAUGAUUCGUUACGGCUUUUAGACUUGCACAACGAAAGCUACCUUCGAUACUUCUCCGGUCACACUGACAAGGUUACGUCCGUUGCUGUUUCUCCGGGAACCGAUGCGGUUUUGUCAUGCUCCAAAGAUGAUACUGUUGCACUGUGGGAUCUAAGCUCAAGGAAUGCGCAAGGAAAGCUCAAGCUAGCCACCCCUUAUCUCAUUGCUUUUGAUCCGUCUGGUUCUGUCAUAGCUAUAGCUUCUCAGUCAACAUCUUCGGUGCUACUAUACGAUUUCAGAAACUAUGAUAAACCCCCAUUUGCGACAUUCGAUCUUGCCCCCCAUGAAGACAGAUUCACCCCUUCUACUAGGGGUAGGGCGUGGACGCGACUGGAGUUUUCUAAUGAUGGUAAAUAUCUCCUUGUAGGAACAGACUACCAUGGACAUUUUCUUUUGGAUGCUUUCGAGGGACAUGUGAAGGCAUUUUUGAUUGGUAAAACUGGAGCCACGGGGCGUGCUGCGCCGGUGUCGGCUUCGGGAAAACCGCUCGGUCAAGGAGAUGUUUGCUUUACUCCAGAUGGGCGCUAUGUUCUUGGCGGUACUGGCGACCAACCUGAUACUUUAGUAUGGGACACUCAACAGCCUCCGGAUGCGAAUUUAUUCCUUAAACCUGCUUUUCGCUUGCCAUACCGUGCCCGUUCCGUUAUUGUACAAGCCAAUCCGCGAUAUAACAUGUUUGCAACGGCAGACAAGGAGAUCACAUUCUGGCUCCCAGAUGAUAACGCGAAACCUACAGAAAAAUGA